CGUUGCAAAGAACCGGACUGAAGGAACCGGAAGGUCCGCCAUUCCUUGUUGGUCUCCGGGAGCUGCAUGGUCCUGAUCAGGGUAAGGAAGACCUGGCCGGGUCCUCGGGGACCUGAAAACUCCGGAGCCGCAGUCUCCGCGCGUGCAGCCUGGGAAAGUCACAGUCAGCAGCGCAGUGGCGGGAACCGCAGCCCGGCGGCCCUGGAACCUCCCAGAUUUCUGUUUUUGACAACUAGAUGUGAAAUUUCAACAAGAAUUCCAGGUUUUUAUUUUUAUUUAUUUAUUUUUUCCUGUGUGAGAAACUCAGAGAAGAGCAAAGAGAACAAUGAAUGCUUUUGUGAUAAAUGCUCUCCAGGGUCUGUUAUCAUUCAGGGAUGUGGCUGUGGACCUCUCACAGGAGGAAUGGGACUGUCUAAACUGUGCUCAGAGGUCUUUGUACAUGGAUGUGAUGUUGGAGAAUUACAACAAUGUACUUUUUGUGGAGAACCAUUGCAAUAGUGGUAAAUGUGAGAAGCAAUUCCAUCAAGACACAAAGCACUUUAUCCAUGAUCAUCAAAAUAUCCAAGAAAAGAUUUAUAAAUGUAAUGAGCUUGCCAAUGUGAUUCGUGAAUCCUGGCAAUGUACACCUUAUGACACAUGUGACACUGCAGAUAAUUACAACAAGUACAGAUUUGGAAACCACAGGGAUGCCUGUUUUGCCACCUUAAAUCUCAACAGACCAAAAACUAGGAAUGCUGGAGAAGAACCAUGCAAAUAUGAAGAGAGAAUAACCUGCUUAAAUUUGUGUUCCAUCAUUAGUCAAAAUCAAAGAGUUCAUAGACAUAUGGAAGAACACAAAAGUACUGAGUAUGAUAAAGCUUUUGACUCUAAAACAGAAAUCUCACUGAAAGAAACAGACCAUGGGAAGAGACCACACCAGUGCUGGAAAGGUAGAAAAUGCUUCAAGACUUACUCAAGCUUCAUUGGGCAUCAGAGAACCUAUACUAGACUAGAGAAACCCUAUAAAUGUACAAAAUGUAGUAAAUCAUUUCUUCACUUUUUUCAACUGAAAGAACAUUACAAAAUCCAUGGAAGAGAAAAACUCUGUGAUUGUACAGAAUAUAAUAAGUGCUUUUCUCAUACAUCAAACUUGGAAAGACAUUACAGAAUCCACACUGGACAGAAACCUUACAAAAGUAGUGAAUGUGACAAAUCCUAUGGUUCCUUGUCUCUGAGAAGACAUCAUAGAAUGCAUACAGGAGAGAAACCUUGCACUGAAUGGGACAAAUCUUUUACCACAAAUUCUGAUGACAAAACACAUCAGAGAAUCCACACAGAAGAGAAACCUUACAAAUGUAGUGCAUGUGAAAAAUCCUUUUCCUCAAAAGGCAGUCUAAAAAUUCAUCAGAGAAUCCAUACAGGAGAGAAACCUUACAAAUGUAGUGAAUGUGACAAGUCCUUUUCCAGGAAAGACCAUCUUACACAUCAUCAAAGUAGUCAUACAGGAGAGAAGCCUUACAAAUGUAGUGAUUGUGACAAAUGCUAUACUCAGAAAAGUCAUCUUAAUAUUCAUCAGAGAAUUCAUAGAGGAGUGAAACCUUACAAAUGUAAUGAAUGUGGUAAAUCCUUUACCCAGAAAGGAUAUUUUACAAUUCAUCAGAGAAUACACAGAGGUGAGAAAACUUACAAAUGUAGUGAAUGUGAUAAAUCCUUUAUGGAUGGCUCAUAUCUUAGAAGACAUAUGAAAACGCAUAGGUGAGAAAACUUACAUAAUACGGUGAGUGCUAAAUCCUUUACAUGAAA